AUGUCGGACGAUACACAUAACAAAAUCAAAAGUGAUGCUCCUUCUGGUAGCCUCGUGCUGGAAAAAGAAGAGGGCAGAGCUAAAGUUUCAAAUAACGAACAGGAGGAUACAGAUAUGAAAAACAACAGACUCAAAGACAGCAGAGUGAGAAACUUAUCUUCAAAAAAUACAAAAAACUUGGAAAUAGCAACAAAAAGCCAUAGCAAACUUGAUGAUCGUACUGCUCAGGCACUUCCCAAUAAGAGCAAAAAGGCAGCUGACGAGCAAAAGACGCCGACUCCAAGCGUCCCUGAAAGUCAAGCGCGAGUUGCACAGAGCAAUAAUUCAUCAAAUGGGGCUCCCAAGAUUGGAAUGAGUCAACACGUAACUUCAAACGGCAGCACAGCGACACCAAGACUGUCUCAUACUUUGCAACCCAACCCACAACUAAACAAGAACACAAUAAACAAUAUCAAUAAAUCUUUGAAAGCGAAGCAAAAGAUCAUACAUUCAAAAGAGCCACAUCCAAAGAACGCCGCACUUAUUUCGAACAUGAUAAACAAGUCGCCGCAGUCAUCGGUGUUUCCAAACUUGUCAGCCGGCCCAAGCAAGAUAGAUUUGGAGUUGGCAACACAACCCCACUCUACGAUAUUGAAAAACGGUGCCGUUACCUCCCCCACACCAACUCUUCGGGCAAGUAGCAGAGUUGCAAAUGAUGAAAAUACAAAGCAUGAUAUGACACGACUACCUCAGUCGUCGCUAUCUUCUCUUCCACAGUCACAGACAGAAGUUCAAACUAGGCAACAAUCACAACAGACUCAUCACUCGGCAAACUUCACACUUCAUCCCAACAUAUCAAAUUUAAAUACAUCUUCGAUGGCCAACCUAAAUGAUGCAGAUAUGCCAAACAAACAAGCGAAACAGAAGAAGGUUGCCAAACAAAGCUCAACAAAGACUGACUUUUUUGCUGCAAAGCUUGCAAGCGCCGUGGAUGACGUAGAAAGCAGUGACAGUGAUGAAACCUUUGUUUAUGAAAACAAUGACGACACAUUUGAUACAACGAGCAAUGGAAAUCAGAUAAAUAUAGGAGAUGGCGUCAGCAUAAAUGGAAGCGUAAGCGGAGCCCAUGCACCACAUCCUGGUGGCAAGAGACCUCCCUCGGUAUUGGAAGCUGAACAACUCAACGAUAUCAAACCACAUAGGCUAAUGUCUAGUAAGGCUCCGUCUAUUGCAAAUUCGAUGAAUAGUCAAGCGCAUUUGGACACUCAUGUGUUGAGAAGGCCUAUCCAGAGUCGAGCUCUCUCUGGCACCUCAGUCAUUGAGAAUGGCCAACAGAGUCCCUUGCAGGCAGACAUUUCAGAUAGAGUGUCAGAACAGGACCUUAACUUCCCACAAGGUGAUAAAAACAAGAGAGAUGUGAGUGUUUCCCAAUCUAUAAAUGACGGAUCUAAUGACGACGCGUAUUCAUUUCAAGAAAGCGUUGGGGAUAUGGGAAGGGGAACUUCAACCGAAGAUGAGGGCCUGGACAAAGCCAAUCAAGUACAAGCAAAUUCAUCAACAAGUCAAUUACCAUCGCAGCAAUAUCUCCACACCUCACAAACACCAGCAGAGUCGUCAGUGGCUCACUCGGUGUCUAGCAAAAAUGCUAUGAAAAAGGAACUUAAGUCAUCUACAACGUCUUCAAAGCUAAGAUCUACUACCUCAAAACUAUUUGACAAAAAAGGAUCCCAGCCAAGACGGUACAGUACCAUUCCUGACGAUAUUGAUAUAGAAGACUUUGACGACGAACUUAUCUAUUACGACAACAGUGUCAAAUUUCCCCACCCCAAUGAAUCGUCAUCUUUGCUAAAUUCAAACCAAAGAAUCCCGCACUAUCGAUCAUUGAAUUUGAAUCUCCCCAGAACUAGAGGACAAAGCAAGAGGUUUUUAUCCACUGGUCAGCCUUUGAGCCCCAAGGACCACGAUUCAAAUAAGGAAGGUCAUAAUAUUUUCCCAUUUCCGUACCAAGAGCAACAGCAAAGUUACUAUUAUGAUGUGGAUGAUUUUGAUCAAAACCAGCCGUAUAGUCCCAAUUUUGACCUUCCAGAGCUACCUAUGCAUAAGAAAGCUUCACGGAAUUUCAGUCCCGUUAGCCAUCCAUAUACGAAUGGAGUCCCUAAUUCAUUGUUCAUGGGCCGUACACGAGAGAAAAGAUCUAGUUGUAUUCGAUCGUUCUUAUACACCCUAAUAUGCAUAUUUGUGAUACUUACAGUUGGAUUUAUAUUAGGAUUCGUGAUGGCAACCACCAAGGAUUUGACCGGAGUUAGUAUUAACUCCAUCGAGAACCCUAUUGUUAGCAAAGACGAGCUUGUUUUCAAUAUAGUGGUGGAGGCGUUCAACCCUGGUUGGUUUUCUGUGGAUAUCAAUGAUGUUGAGUUGGACUUGUUUGCACGAAGCGGGUAUCUUCCUGAUGGCGAUGAUAGUGUCCAAAUUAAGCAAAGUGAUGCCAAAGUUGAGACAGUCAAAUUGGGUACGAUCCACUCUCUAGAAUCGACAAUGAACUUUAGAGGUGGCUUUUUCUCGAGAGAGUCUACCGUCCAAAAAGCAGAAAUCAAGUUACUCAAUCCCGGAAAGGAUGUUACAGAACAACAAUUACAAAAACACGAUGGAACCGACCCGGAUAAUACCGAGAAAUGGGAAAUUAUUAGUGAAAAUCCUUUUGAUUUGAUAAUAACGGGGGUAUUGAAGUACGAUCUACCGUUGGUAUCAAACACGCGGUCAGUUGUCGUUAGAAAGAUUGGAUACAUUGAUCCUACAUUAUUCAUUUAG